GUGGCUGCUUCGGUCGGAGUGACCUAGCCGACCAGAAGAAGAGCACAGGCAAGGCAGGCCGCGAGGCUCGCAAGCAGGAGAAGGCGGCGAAGACGGCAGCUUCCUCUGCCUCUGCUGCCGUUGCGAGCAAGAGCAAGAAGGCGAAGCUUGCGAAGCCGAAGACGUCGAAGCAUGAUGAUGAUGACUUUCGUUUCGAUUCCGACGACGAGAAGUCUAACGACACCGGCUCAUAUUCUUCGAGCGCCGGCGGCGAGGACGACACUGAUGCCAAGUACCAGCCGUGCUCGUCCGUCCACGAGCGGUGCCCUGGCCUCACGGGGGCCAAGCUGGUCGAUCGGCGGAUGGACAUGCAUGCUGUGUCGGGCCAUCGCAACAUCACGGUCAAGUUCUUCACCGAGAGCGGCCAGAAGUCCAUGGUGCCCCACCCGCUCAACGAGAGGAAGCAGGACACCGUCCUCGAGGAAACACUGAGAGGUGUCGGACCGUAUUUAAUGAUCACGUACGGUACUUUGAGUCGCGCUGUGUACAAGGCCUCUGAAGAGGAUCCCAAAAACAAGAUGGUAAGAUACACACUUAAGCAGGGGCUUCGCAACAUGACAGUCUUGGAUCAUCGUACGCCGAAAGAUGUGAUAAUGUUGUUGCUGAACUUCCACAACGCGUGGCACGGUGGAUCCGCUUUCACGUUGCUGCAGUACUUCGACCUCACCAGGGAGUGCAUGGCGGGCCACAAGACCGGGCGCACCAGCAGCGGGGAGACCUACGCCUCCACGUGGGACUGGGUGUGUGCCACGUACCCCGAGAAGGACAGGCGUAUCAAGAGCGGCAACGAGAUGCAAUCUGCGACGGUCCACUUGUUCAAAUUCAGCUUCGCUUAUCCGCCGCACCCCACCGCACUCGUUAACUUGAUGAAGCGGUUCAAGAUAACCGAGGAGACACGCAAUUAUCUCGGUGCCAAUUGCCUCUUCCGCGACAAGCGCAUGGACAAUACUGUUGCGUGCUUCACCCUGCACCAGAUCGCUGUGUCAAUAUUCCAUGACACAGUCCGCUCGGUCGUCGAUCUCGACAUCUUGAAGCUCGUAUGGUUCAGCGUCCUCCCGAUGUGCGUUCCUGUGAAGAUGCCCGCUGCUGGCGGACGCGCGCCGCCCAUGGUCUUCGACCGCAUCCAGCAGGACAAGUGCAAAUGGUUGGUUCAGGCGAUGUCGGACAGCAUUGUCGUCAAGCGCGGCAUCGAGGCUGCGCGGAAACUGAAGGAGAAGGCUGCGCGGCCGCCGACAGCACCAUCUGAUCCCAAUGCCAGGACCUCAGGCCGCUCGGGAGCGGGGAAGAGCUCCUCGAAGGGCGCGCCGAAGGAGGAUUUCACCGGUGCCAACUUUGAGCAACACCAGACCAAGGUGCGCCUGGGAUACGUCACGUACGAGAAGUGGUCAGAUCUGCGUCCAAAGCUUCGUGACCUUGCAGCUGCUACAGCCAUGAGCCGCGUCGGUGCUAUCGGUGCUGAUGGCGACAUCGACAGAGUCGAGAUGACCGUUCCCGAUAUCAUCGUGGCCAGCCUCGAGAACGCCACGCCUGCUGCCAGCGCGCCCGCCAUCCGACCGACAGAGCAGUCGAGGCUCCUGGACGCGCUGCAGACUGCUGCGGGGUCCGAGUGUGGCGAGCGGCUCAGUGAUUUCACCUCUACCAACAAGAUUAAGACCACGCAGCCGAAGCGCCAUCCUUCCUGCCGCGGCAUCAUCGAUGCGCUGGCCGACCACCUUGGAGCCAACAACGGCGAGAUUGGUCGUUCGCUGGCCGAGGCCGCAUCUGGCAGUGGCGACGCGGAGGUUGUACUGGCUACCUUCCUGCAGCAUCUUCUCUCACCGGUGUACGAUAAGCUAUCGGAUGUGUUCGACUCCUCCAUGAUGGAGAUGUGCCAGCUGACAUGCCAGUACGUGCAGUUAACGGCCCAGAUGCCUGCCUGCAUGCUGAAGUACUUCAAGAACGUGUCGGAGCUCAUCGACUUCAUGCGCCUGAGGCCUGUCUACGCGCACCUGGCCAUCAGCGACAUCCUUUCCACUAGCGAUGAUUUCGUGAACCUCUCCGGGUCUCACGGCCGCCUCGACUUGGCGAAGUUGACAUCGUCCGCCAGGGAUGCUAGUACCCACUUGCGCGACGUGGAUCGUCGCCUGAAGUUCGACCAGUGGGUGCCAGCCUACACUGCGUUUGUGACGGGCGCGUACGCCGGCGCCACCUCGCACGACUCGCUCCGCGAGACCAUCUUGACCAAGUACACGCUCCCAGAGGCUCAUGCGCCCUCUCCAGCGACCAGUGCGACUGCGUCGCCGUCGGCUGCGACCGACGGUGCACCUCCUGCUGCUGACUCGCAGGCCGCCCUGACCAACUUCGACGGCGCGCUGGUGGAGGCCGAGCAGUGCGGGUACGCCUGGCCGCCGCAGGCGAUACCCUUCGUGGACAUCUACGGGUUCACUCGGUUCAAGAACUCGGAGGCGAUCGCCCUGGCAGCCGGCUCGCACAUCAACCUGGCGGGUGAGUUGUGCGGCGACGGCUCGAAGCCCCCUCCCGAGUGCGCGUAUGAGAUGCCGACGGGAGAAUUUCCUACAGCGUACUGGCUUCGCAUGUUUAUGAAUUUUAUUGGGCCCAUGCUGGAUCGCAUUGCAUAUGGCCUGCCGAACUCCGAGCAGCUGGACCGCAUCGCAAUCGAGUGGGUUCCAGCAGAUGACGCUGCGGCUGGUGGUAGUAGGCCGAAACCGCCCCAGCAUAAGGUCGUCGCUAGCAGCCUGGACGACUUGAAGGAGCUCGUCUUCACUGGUGAGGUCAGUCUCUCGCGCGGGAGCCGCUCGCACUUGCUGUGUGCGAUCAAGGUACCGGCCACGGACCCCAGGGACUCGCUUCUCAUGGGGAUCUACGUGGUCCCCGACAAGUCAGAUGCGGCCACCUCCAAGUGCCCCGUGCCAGCGUGGAUGGUGCGAGUGGCUACCGACGCGAAGGAGGCCAACCUGAUUGGUCAGAAGCGCAUCGUGCGGCUUGAUCUGCCAGGCUACCUGGUGAAGAAUGCGGACGCGACGACGGCUAUCAAUAUCCAGGUGACCCUUCUCACCCUCGCCUCACUCCUGAAAAUGAUCAUGAUGGAUGAGAUGUGGGUGACGUACCUCUCGGCACAGUCGGCAGAUUCGACAGGAGCUCCGCGUGCGCCUGAUGCGUGUGAGGCAGGGCCAGUCGAGCUGGUGCGCGCGGUGCUGCCUGGCGAGUGCAUGCCGAAGCAGAGGAAGUCUCGGUGCGCGAACCAGCCGCCGGCCGACGUUUCCGCGCUCUUCGGGCCCACCGCGGCGUCGGUGCAUAUGGCCAAGCUCGCCGCUAUCGAGGCUGGCGCGGAGACAGGCCAGACGGGCGUGACGGGCGGGGCUCAGGCUCAGCCUCAGCAGGGUCAGAGGAAGAAGAAGUGCUCGUGCCAGCACUUGCUGAGUUGA